UUUCUUCUGCCAUCGCUCUUCUUCAGCAACUCCGGCCCGGGGUGGUUUAGUGUGCUGUCUCUCUCUCCCAUGUCACUAGUCCAUUAAGAAGAAGUCACCAGAACAUUGCAAUUGGUUCCCGUCACUUCCGUAAAUUCCAGCUAAGCUAGGAAGUUUGUUGCUCGAGGUAAUAUUGUGGGUGAGCCCUAUCCUAACCUGCCUGCUUGUCCCAACCUUAGCACCACCUACCUUAUUAUCUCGACAAACCCCUCCCGCGGAUUGUGCCUCGUUCCCAGCCGUUAUAAAGAAUGUAGGACUAGGAGAGAACGAGGUCAAUCACGUGAUCCUAGAAGCUACCAGUACCUGUCCAUCGUCCAGAGAGAGAGAGUCAGCCAGCCCCGUUAUAAAUACACACUGCAGUUCCCAUUGAUCACCCAGCUACCCAACUGAUUUAGGGAUUAAGUUGGAAAAGGAUGACAAUACGGAGAUGCACUGCCUGUAACAGCAAAGGACACAAAUACAGGGACUGCCAGGAACAAUGGAGACGGAAACGAUCAGCAGUACUAAACCUGGACGUUAUCUCAAAGAUAAUAGAUUUAAUCACAGCGGAAGGAGACUUUUAUACCAUCUCUGAGGUGAGAGUAUGUAGCCAACAGUUGAAAAACGUUGUAGAUAACAGUAUCGCUCAUUUCAUAUCUAACGAAAGAGGACCAAAUAAACUUCGCUGGAUUAAAUGCUUCUGCAAGCAACUAGUUACUGCCCAAAUCCAGAGAACAGGAGCACCCUCACUAGAAAGUCAAAAUAGCAUGACGUGUUGUUGCAUUUUCGCAAGUAUGAAUUCUAACAAACAUAGCAAAUCUAAGUACUGGCUUUUCUUAACUUACGGGGACAUUAAAUACUAUGAGUUUGUUAGGAAAUAUCCAGGGGUCUCUAAAGAACAGUUUGUAAGGCAUAAGGACAUGAUUUGGAGUAAUUAUACUCAGGAACAAAAAAACGUUUAUGACUAUAUGAUACAGUCUCUGUGGGGAACUUAUUUUUUUUUCAAGUCGCUUUUUUGUAAUAGAUAUGGAGCCGACUACAUUUAUACCCCACCUCCAUGCUUUGAUUUUAUUUUUUCUAAAAAACGUUCAGCAUUAUUAGAUAGCAGAAAUGAUUUGAGCGGCUUCUUUCCUUCACCUGAUUCUUAGAAUAAGUAUAUUUGGUUGUGUCGUUCCACAUUCAGUAAAAUUAACCCCUCACACUAUAUUCAAAUUAAACUUACAUUAAAGAGGUUACAGCCGUUCAGAUCGUUCUUGUUACCUUUUCAAGCUUGAUGUUGUGCGAAUAAGAGGUUAACGGCUGAUCGAAGAAUAGCCAAAUUAGUUUAUUAUUCUUAAAUUUUAGUCAAGAUUAUUUUUACGUGUAGUUGGAAGCUUAUAGUUAUUUUUAGAAAUGUAGACCAGGAAAUUCGCACAACACAAGUUCUAACAUUGUCCGGUGAUGUUCAAUAGCUCCACUUACACUAUUUAAUCAUUUCAAUAGAUAAUUAUUUGCAGACAUUUUGAGGCCAUGCUUUUGUGAGAAAAUACACUAUAAAAAAAAUUUGAUCGGUCAUGAACAUGUCAUUACUGUAAAGAUCAUAAUAGCAAGAAACGAAAUGGAGUUAUUGAUCAUCAGCCGUAGUUAUUGCUAUUUGAUUAUUCUAAAUUAUUUGUUUUAUUGAAGCUUGGAAUUUUGCGCCUUUAAGUUAGGUGUUUCGAAGUUCCAGCCUGGAAGCAGACUGCCAUGAAAGGCCUUGUUGGGGUAGCUCCGCAAUUAGGUCUCUGGUGACCGUUGUGUGAAUGUUCCUCAACUCGCGUUAAGUUUGCAACCUUGUGGAAUAAGUUUCACCAAGUAAGAUUCCAAGACUUCCGGAGUAGCGCGAAUUUAAGUUAACUGCCUAUGCUUACCAAAAUCUUGCAUCUCUCCACCAUUCUCUUCACAUAUAGUACACAUCAUGCUUAGGAAUAGUGAAAAAUUGUGCAAUGCUCACAUACAUUAUUUGAACACAUUAGCUUAAGUAUUUACCUCUAAAAAAAAACAUCAAAAAUAGGAAUGGCCGAACGUGAUAAUGACAACCUCGAUAUUGGACAGGGUGAAGUUCAACCUCCGAUACCUCCUAGGCAAAAUCGUGUUAAUCAGGGAGCCCCACUUCAAUUUCUCCGAGCACCUCCUUUGUUAAGAAUGGACAAUGACUUAGAGUUAUACAUCCGGCGUUUCCAGAGCUAUGUCGAUAGUAUCGGAGCUAGAGAUAACGAGAUACCUCACAUUCUCAUAAAUUGUUUAUCGGAUGAGUGUCUACUCGCGGUAGAGAGGCAUAUAAGACCAGAGAUUACCUUUGAGGAAUUGUUGAUAGUGCUGAGGAGAGAAUUAGGGAUCGGAGGAGGAAAUAGGGAAGAGUCGAAGUCUUUACUGAGGAAGACCCUGCGCCAACGUAAUGAGUCUGUGAGAGCUUUCUAUAUUAAAUUAUACAGCAUUGCUAAGAAGGCCUACCCCGGAGACGAGUUAGUACUUGUGAGGGACAAUGCACUAAGAGAUAGCUUCAUAAAUAACAUACAGGAUGCCAAUAUCAGUGCCAGACUUAGAGAAACACCUGAGCUUCAAAAUGAACAACUUUUAGAGAGGGCAGACCUGCUGAUCAACUGCAAAAACGCUUCCCUAUCUAGGACCCAAGCUGUCAACGCUGUGGAUACAGCCGUCACGCCGGACAUUAAUGAUACGACCAAUAAGUUAAACACUAUUAUAGAUUUACUAUCUGUUAAUGCAAUCAGCCAAGUCGCACCACGUGAAGUUCAGCCUGUAAACACACAUACUGAUACUCCCGCUUACAAUAAUGGCCUCAAUCUCCCAUACAAUUACCAAGGAUCACGAGUAAGCAUCGGACUACCUAACACAAAUUACCCUGAACAACAAUCCAACAACUAUAACAACAUGGCCUAUUACGGACAAAAUGCUCGUUACAACAACUAUUACCGUGGAGGACGAGGCCAAGGUUCCUACUAUGACAGUAGAUACCGAAACCCCAGUUCUUACAAUGACAGUAGGUACCGAAACCCCAGUUCCUACAAUGACAAUAGAUACCGAAACCCCAGUUACUAUCAACAAAAUACUUACUCACGACCAGGCUCAUAUAACAGACAAAACACACAGACCAACUAUCGACAAGGCCCUUCUUUCUCUCAAAAUGACUUUAGAGGUCACGGCCGACCACAGUACCGUCCGAGAUCGUUUACUCAGUUUCAACAAAGGCCGAACAGAUUUUCUUAUCCUCAAAAUCAGAGACAGUACCAUAAAAAUUUUUAGAGGAGGCCUUCUUUAUCGAGGAGGCCUUAAACCCAGAUAUACACGAUGAUUUUAAGGACUCGACAUCCAGUAUAUCUUCCAAUUUUCCAACACUACCAGAACGCACUAACAAAUAUGUACAUUUUAAUGACACACCGACAGUUAUACCGGACAGCUCCGACAUUCCUACAAAUUCUGAUCCCGUGAUUCCUGAUAAUGACGUACUCUGCCCUCAAAUUCCUGGAAAUUCUGUGGUUCCUGGUAAUGACAUUAGCUGCCCUCAAAUUCCUGGAAAUUCUGUGAUUCCCGAUAUCGGCAUUAGUAACUCUGAGUUUCUUAGAAAUUCUGAGAUUCCCUGCGAAGAUUUAAUUAGUCCGGACAUUCCUAGAAAUCCAAAUCCACCCGUUAAGGCUAGCGUUAAUGAGUUGAUUGACUCCACUAAUUUUACAAAUACCGAUACUCACGCACCUAAAUCCAAUGUUGUUAAUUGUCCACUAACUGUUAAUAGUGCAACUAAUAACCAGUUGCCUCAUAUUCUAGUAACUAUCGGAGAGAAAACCAUUCACAGUCUACUAGACACAGGGUCUAGUGCUAACAUAAUUAAUUCCAACCUCUUUGAUCAACUCAGUUUGAAUAACGCACAUCCUACAUCCAUCCAGUUAUGUGGAAUUAAUAAGUCUCCGAUUACUGUCAGAGGAGAGAGUAAGAUUAACGUGUCAUUUCAUGAUAAGUCAAGGCCAGUAGAUUUCAUUGUCGCUGAUAUCGGAUCAGAUCUAGUGUUAGGAAAUCCAUUUAUUCAGGAAAAUGAACUUAUAGUGAAUUUGAAAAAUAGAAUUGUAACUAUAUCAGGUCCUCAUGAGGCUAACGUCCCUUUGAUUAAGCCAUCACAAUCCUUGAGCCCUGAUGAUGUAGCAGGUGCAGUAACCGUGAACACUGUACAAAGCAUAUCAGAUUACAGCAUUUUGCCUCACCACGCUACAUGGAUUAACAUUGUUAAUGUAUGUGAUAUACCAAUAGAUGCUGAGAACACUGUCUUAUUUUAUCCUAAUAACUCCGACCACAUGGCGCAAAAAGUAUAUAGAGAUGAGAAUAACCAUGAUUCACUGUCAAUUCUGUUCGCUAAUUGUACUGAUGAUGAGUUUAAUGUGCAUAAAGGAGACGACCUAGGUUCCAUUGAAAUCUAUGAAACAGCACAUCUCACUGGUAUUCCUGUUGAAACCGAAUAUAACCCUGCCAUGACAGUCAAUAGUACUUAUAAUCUAGAUAUUACUGAAACAGAAAGAGAAACUAGAUGGAAGGAGCUGUGUUCUAUUUUAAAAGUUGAUCAAUGGCAGUUGAGCGAGCAAGAAAAACAGAUUGCACUUACAGCCCUGAAAAAGUAUGAAUUUUGCUUUGCAUUAUCUGAUGAACCACUGGGCUUAAUGAAAGAUUAUCUUCACCACCUAGAAGUUGGAGACCAUGAACCUAUCAGCCAGCGACCUAGGCCACUAACAGUAGAUAAACAGAAAGCCGUUGACGGCAUAAUUGACGAUUUGCUUAAAAGAGGUUUAAUUAGACCUUCACGUUCACCAUGGAGUUCACCCAUUUGUUUGGUAAAGAAAUCGGAUAAUAGUUGGAGGAUGUGCGUGGACUAUCGUGCGAUCAAUAAAUGUAUAAAGAAAGAUAGCUUUCCCUUGCCUAACAUUAAUCAUUUAUUAGGAAACAUGAAAUACUCUAAGUACUAUUCUACCACAGAUUUAGCUUCUGGGUUCUACCAAUUGAAAAUACGUGACACAGAUGUAGAAAUUACCGCCUUUUCUACCCCUACUGCUCUUCUCGAGUUUAUAGUUCUUCCAUUCGGCCUGUCCAACGCACCUUCAAGCUUUGUUAGAGCUAUCACAAAUAUGUUGAAAUCAACAGACCCUAACAGCAUACUUUGUUUCUUAGACGAUAUUCUCGUAUUAGGUAUUACAUUUGAAAUUCACCUCAAAAACUUACUUCAAGUCUUACAAUUGCUAACAGACCAUAACUUAAAGUUGAAAGCCCAGAAAACCACAUUAUUUGCGUCUAAAAUAGAAUUUUUAGGAUACGAAAUCUCAGAAAAUGGAAUCACUUAUUCAGAAAAGAAAAUAGAGUGCAUAAAAAAUCUACCUAAUCCAACAACCCCUAAAUCACUCCGUUCAUAUUUAGGCACAAUGAACUACUUCCGGCGAUUCUGUAAGGAUUAUUCUAGCAUUGCUUCUCCACUGUUUAAACUUGCCGUAGUAGAUAAGAAAGAUUUUGUUUGGAAUCCCGAGGCACAAGCUGCCUUUGAUGAGCUAAAAUUUAGACUGUCGAACCCACCAAUUCUGGCCUUACCCAGAGAGGAUGAUACGUUUAUUCUCACCACAGAUGCUGCUGAAAAAGCUAUAGGUUGUGUACUUACUGUAGAACGUGAAGGGGGGAGACGUGCCAUUGCUUACGCUAGCCACUUGAUGGAACAGUCUAGACAGAAGUAUGGCGCCACAAAAAAAGAACUAUAUGCAGUAACUUUUUAUGUCCAGUAUUUUAGACAAUAUUUAGUUGGAAAAGAAUUCUUAAUCCAAAGUGACCACAAAUGCCUAGAAUAUUUGCAUAAUUUUAAAGAUCCUAGUGCCCUUGUUCAACGCUGGAUAUCUAUAUUGGAAAGUUAUUCGUACAAAAUAAUACAUAAACCCGCCACAAAUGGGUUAAUCAAAGUAGCAGACGCACUGUCAAGGCCAUCCGCCGAUAAUGAUACGUUAAAAUACGCUGUACUUUCAGACGAUGAAACAUUUGAUCCGUCCUUACUUACUACAAUAGACAAAACAGUUAAGACACCCAGUCAAAGCUGUAACUACGACCCUCAAGAUGAUACGACCAAAAUUUGUGAAAUUAAUAGCACUAAUUUAGAUCAAGAUACGAGCGAAUCUAUUGACGAUAUUAACAUUCCAGACACUACCCAGAAUUUUGUAGAUGUUAUAACAACAGCUCAGGAUAAGGACCCGGCACUUAAAGCACUUAAACUAAGAAUACAAGAGUUACCUGAUAGCUCGAUCUUGCAAGCAACCAUGGAUCCACCUAUAGCGAAAUAUUAUUGGGCUAGAAAGAAUAAGCUUAAGUUGCAAGAUAAUAUCUUAUAUUAUAUGGACCAUACUGACAAAUAUAGAAUACUAGUACCUGUUAGUAAAAUACCUGAACUCCUUAAGUUGACCCAUGAUCAUGAGACUGCUGGUCACCGAUGUGCCCAGAAAAUGUUCGAUAUAUUGAAACUUAAAUACCACUGGUUUAAAAUGAAGUCUAGUAUUGAUACCUAUGUAAAAAGGUGUAAAAGUUGUGGGAUGCAUAAAAAACCUAAGUCUACAAGGCCUGUCGCACCUUUAUAUAUGACACGUGUUAGUUCAAAGUUUGAACGAAUAAGUAUUGAUUUCGCAGGCCCAUUUACACGUACUGUUAGAGGAAAUAAACACAUAUUAUUAGGAAUCGAUCACUUUACAAAAUUUGCCUUUGCUGUACCUAUGUCAAACAUUGACAGUGAAAAUGUUGGUAGAGUACUUAUUGAAAGAUGGAUAGUUUAUUUUGGAUGUCCAAUGGAGAUACACAGUGACAAAGGAUCUAAUCUAGUUAGUGAACUUAUCAGGAACGUUUACCGCCUUCUUAAUAUUAAACAGUCAAAUAGUUUACCUUACGUUCCUAGACAAAACGGUGCCGCUGAAAAGUUAGUUUCAACCUUAAAAGGAAUGGUAAGCCAUUUUGCAGUGUCUAAACCUAAAAUGUGGGAUUCAAUCUUACCGUUAAGUGUGUUGGCAUUUAAUAACCAGUUUAGUUCAACUACAAAAUGUACACCUCAACAAAUGGUUACCGGCGAAUCUGCACGAGUUGCAUUAGAUAUGGCCUGGGGGCCUCCGCCCAUAGCAGAAGAUUUACCCGAGUUAGAAUAUGUACACUGGUUACAGGAUACGUUGUACGAGAUCCAUGAAUAUGCUAGAGAUAACAUGGCCUCAUCUAUCCAGGUUACUAAAGACAGGUUCGAUAUAGGUCAAUAUGGCACACCGUAUAAGGUUAAUGAUUUAGUCUGGAGAUUAAAAGGUAAGUUUGAAAAGGGUAGCCGAAAAUGGCAACGUAGAUACGAUGGACCUCAUGUAGUUUUAGAACAACAAUCCAACACUUCGUACUUGAUUAAACAUGUUAAAACAAAAAAAGAAGAAAUAGUCCAUUUCAAUAGAUUAAAACAGGCUCAUGCUGACACUGACACACUCAACCAUUAUUUAGACAAUAUCUAUGACGACACAAAUACUGAUCCUCAGAUACAGGAUACUGAUGAUGACAUUAACAUUCAAUCUGAAGACGAAGCUAUAAUAAUAGCAUGUCGUGCACCACCACCAUUAGUUGACCGCCAAAAUGCACCACCACCAUUAGUUGACCGCCAAAAUGCACGAAUUGCACGACAUAACAGGCCAGACGUGCCCAUUAGACAAAACAAUAGACGUGUGGGGAAAUACCACUUGCGACAAAGGCCUCGUGUAAUUCGAUAUGUUUAGUAAAGUUUCUGUAAAUGUAAUUAACGUAUGUUGUUCCACUAAUUACAUGAUAAUAUUUUCUUUCUUAAAAAGACUACUAAUAAUUAUAUAAUCUUUCAUGGGACUCACCGUGUUUUAUUUCAAAUUGUCACUUCAUUAUUUUAACUUAAUAAAAUCUUAUCAAUCAAUAACGCUGAUAUCUUAUAUUUUUCUGUCCUCACUUGCAUAACACAAUUAACACUUGACAGUAUGUAUUCGAUAUUUCUGAAGUAUGGCAUCCAAGGCUACGUUAGAGAGGGUAUUGCCGAAAUAGAAAAUGCAAGCCUGCCAAACGCACCAGAUAUCCCUAUAAAGAUCACUAUAUUCGUUAAAAGCUUAAAAAAAGUUAUUACUUCCUUACUGUUAACUAAUGACCCAUCAAAACGAAGAUUCUCAUCGUCCAAAUAUCGAUUUUGUAGAAACGUUUUAAAGAUUCUAAACCUUAUAUUGAUAGACUUAAGGUUGGCACGAAACUCACUAACAGAUGAUGGUAAGGAAAUGUAUUUGGCAUGGGCUAAAAUUCGUGUCUAUGAUAUUAGAAACAUGUAGAGGCCGAACUUAGUGUUAUAAAAUAUAAUAUAUAUAUAUAUAGUUAUAAAUCCAUAAUUGUAAUUAAAAUUUAGGCAAGAGUUAUGAAUCAUUGUUAACUUAACUCCAUUUUAAGGUCAUGGACAGACCAAUUAAGCUCUCCCGGCUUAUUUGGACAUUGAUCACCCUGACAUUCUUUAUUUCACGAGUUGGAGGAGUUGAUGUGAAAGAAUUAGAUGCACUGACAAGUUACAUAGUUAUACCAAAUCGAGGGUUAGUUUUCGAGAGAGAGGGGACAAUAUUUGCCCAUCCACAAAUGAAAUUGAUGACUGCUAUUAUAACUUUAAACAGAUUAGCAUACAACAAUAAUUUUGAAAAUGACUUUUGUAAGAGAGAGCUGGACAUGGUUGACCAAAAAUUCAACAAAACAAUGGAGAAAUACCGAGAGAUUACCUAUGCUAUAUUCCAAGCAAAAAAUAUGUUCACCAGUGCCGAAAUAUGCACUAUUUUUGAGAGACCGAACCUCCCGGAGAUUUGUCAAAUUCACGGCAUGAGUAACCAGAGUAACACACUAGGUAGAGGAAAACGAUUUGUGGGAAUAGGGGCAUAUGCUGUUGCAGGUACAGCAAUUGUAAUUGGUACGGCUGCAUUAGGGUUAGCUGGAUAUAAUACACACGAAAUUGAACGUAUAGAUAAGUAUCUGAUUGACCAGGAACAGAUGAUCCUGGAACUACAAACCCAGUUUAAAUUAACUACUAAUAAGCUUGAUGUUGUACUAGAUACCCAACAUAGUGUCCUCAGUUAUAUAGAAGAAAUGACUGUUAAAAUAGAAGAUAUCAGAUCUAAUGUUGAAUGCUGGGCCAAACAUUUCACAUACAUGCAAUGGGCUAAUGAACUUAUAUCAGAGGUAGAAAAACUGUUACAAUUCGUUUUCCAAGGCCAAACUUAUGGGCGCUUAACGCCAACCCUGAUCAAACCGAGUCUGCUGCGACAAUUUAUAGAGGAUCAGGCUGACUCAGCUUCCGAAAUAUUAGGGCGUUACCCUAAUAUUCUCUAUCAAUCGGCAAUGGCGAGUAUAUUAAACGCGGACUUCGAUAACUUACAAUUUACCUUCCUUAUUACUUACCCUGACUUCGGGCGAGACCCGAUUUACCCCUAUUUUACAGUGAAACAAAAUGGAUUUUGGGCACAGACACCGGACAGCAACCACGACACUUGUUUGAGGUACGAUAUGCCAAGUGUCGCAAUAUUACAUGGGACCCAAUUAUUUGCACUCCGAAGGGAGUUACAUUGCCCCACCUUCGGAAAUGUUAAAAUAUGUCCGAAUACUGCUUUUGAUAUGAUCCCAAUGGAUGAAUGUAUCAAGUUACAUCACUUAGACUCAGAUAACCGGACAUCUUCAGAAAUGGAUAAAUUUCAUUGCCAGCUAAUUCAAUGCCCACGUCCUGUCCAACCUGACUCUUAUCUGACAUCUUCCUCGGGUUUGUUGAUAAGAACGCAGAGCCCUACCAUUGAUAUAGUAUACGAUAAACCUAGACACAAGCUUGACAUUUAUGUUUCAGCUUUAAUGAAAACUAUCUCCACCCCUCCUUCAGGAGCACUCUUCAUUUCAUGGCAAACUAAUAUUUCCGCGGUCAGUUUUAAUAAAACAGUCGUUUAUUCCCCAAUUAAUGCGGAAAACCAUGGACAUAUCGCUAUGUCCACCAGUAACGAGAAGGCUUAUUUAAAUUUGAUGUCAUUAUUCUCCAUCCCCUCUUUAGGAACAGAGAAAAUUUCCGAAAUUAUAAAUACCCAGCAACAACGGAUCCAAGAAUUAGAAAAGAAUUUUGAACCAUCCUUGGAUUCUGUUAAACAAUGGGCAACCGAUGCAUUUACCCUGCCAUCUUGGCUUAAAUUUUUGAUAUAUGCAGCGUUUGCAUUAACUGCUGUACUGAUGGGCAAAAGCUGUUACAAUACAUUCUCAAAAUUUAAGAUCCCGGAACAAAGACCACAAGUGCCCCAUACCUACGACCAAGUUCCUGAUUCCACACCCGCAAACCCACUGUAUCCAAACCUGGUUUACGCUCCAUCAAACUUACCACAGCCUUUAGCAACAGCCUAUUAUGGCAACCAGCUAGUAGCGCCCUCUGUUCCCCCUCGGGGAAAUUAGUUAGAUCAAAAGUUUAAACCUAUGAAAUCAAUUUAUAUUAUUUUUUUUUAAAGAAAAAAAAAAAGAAAAAAAAAAAGAAAAAAAAAAGAAUAACAAAAAAAAAAAAAAAUUAUUAGUAAUAAUAAUGAUAAGUAAGUAAGAAGAUAAGAAUUAGAAGUGCAAAAAUUUAAUUUCAAAUUAUCUCUUAAAGUUAUGAAGUUAGAUUAUGUGAGUAACUACUUCAAAGUCGGUGAGACUCUCCCAUUUUUCUUCGGGUCAUGCUCGUCUUUCAACCAUUGCUACGCCUUCCAUUCUUAAAAAGUCGAGACCUCUCUUUUAUAUUUAAAUAUCUGAUAUAGUAAUAUUAUUAAGAAGCUUAAAUUAACAAUUUUGUUUUAACGCGUGUUGUGACACGGUGGUCACCUUAUAAUUUUAAAUUUAAAAUCUAUUAAAACUAUUAGUGCAAAAAUGUAUUUCAAAUUAUCUUUUAAAGUUAUGAAUUUAGACUAUGUGAGUAACUACUUCAAAGUCAGUUAGACUCUCCCAUUUUUCUUCAGGUCAUGUUCGUCUUUCAACCAUUGCAACGCCUUCCAUUCUUAAAAGGUCGAGACGACCUCUCUUUUCUAUUUAAAUAUCUGAUAUCAUAAUAAUAUUAAGAAGGUCACCUUAUAAUUUUAAAUUUAAAAUCUAUUAAAACUAUUAGUGCAAAAAUGUAUUUCAAAUUAUCUUUUAAAGUUAUGAAUUUAGACUAUGUGAGUAACUACUUCAAAGUCAGUUAGACUCUCCCAUUUUUCUUCAGGUCAUGUUCGUCUUUCAACCAUUGCAACGCCUUCCAUUCUUAAAAGGUCGAGACGACCUCUCUUUUCUAUUUAAAUAUCUGAUAUCAUAAUAAUAUUAAGAAGGUCACCUUAUAAUUUUAAAUUUAAAAUCUAUUAAAACUAUUAAAUUAUUAAACAUUUAAAUCUUUUAAAUGUUUGCCAUUUAAAGAUAUGUUACUUAGUACUGGUCUCUGUAAUAUUCUACAUAAGUAUUUUGUAAUUAUCUGUUAGUGGUACGUGGAACUGAAUUGGGGAGCAUCCCAACACCCACAACCAGUAAACACUUGUAUUCUUUGGGAUUAGAUUUCUUCUUUAGAAACCUUGCAUGUAAAGCGAUAACAUAAUUUUUUUUUAAAAAUUUGAUAAUAUAAUUUUAAUAAUUUAAAGAUAUAAUGUCGGCCUGUGUUCCGAGGCAAUGAUACUCCACAUGGUAUAGUAAAAGAGUGUUUAAAGGAUUAGCACAAGUCCAUGUAGUUCGUGAUUGAAUCGGGAUGGGGCACAUGACUUUAACAAGGUUCCAAAUCCAAGGUAAUGAUUCCUUGUAUCACGUCGAGAUCCUCUUUCUCGUACACUAACCUCUUUCUCGUACACUAACCUCGUACACUAACACUGUAUAGAGUCAGUUUUUGUGGUUUUAACACGAAUUGUGACACGGUGGUCUCUCUAUCUCGAGGGGCGCUAACGUUUAUUUGAACCUGAUGGCAAGCCAAGGCUUGGACCAAAUAGUAAACUUCUGGGACCAGACGGAAUGGUUAUUCUGUAGAAUUGCCGCUAUGUUCUGUGAAUAUACCUUAAGGGUAUAAUCUUAUUAAUGCUUUUCAUGUAACCGAGUGAAAGCGAAUCUUUUGUGUCGUGUGUCCAGGGUUUGGACUGUAAUGACCGCUUAAAUAACUUCCAUCGCGUUACAUUACAUAAUUUUCUCAAUAAAUGUAAUAGAUUUUAGUGCGGUAAUUAGUUACACUUUAAUUUAAGUUGCCUAUAAACUGUUGUAAGUCUAUCAUCCGUUAAUAUAUCGUAAUAUAUCGUAAAAUUUAUUAAACAAUUUAAACAUUAUUAAAAUUUUUUUUUUAAAACAAAGUAUUAUUUAAACGUACUAAGAUGAAACUAUAUACGGACAAAAUUUAUUCCUUAUUCUUUAGUCUUUCUCAAUAUUUAACACGUCUUGUUGUAUAGCAACUAAAGAUUCUUUAACUUAUCUUCCGUGUCCCUGAUAUUUGGGUUGAGACUAAGUUCCUAUCUUCUAAUUAUAUGUUAUCACAUUUAAAAUAAGUAAGAAUUAAAGUACCGGUUAGUUUUAAAUGUACAAUUUUUUUUAAAUAAAAAGAAAGGUCAUUAUUUUAUAAAGUUUUAAAUUAUAAAUGGUUUUGUUGUGACGGGGACGUCCUAAAAUCGAUCGGGGACAUGUUGAGGACGUAGGUAGUAGCUGAGAAGUCAAGUUGGUCCCAAGUGAUGCCGUUCAUUUGCAAUUCAUGUGUUAAAUAUGUGGAUUAAAAUGGUAAAUAAACCAUGUAAAUUUGCAAAUAUUCUUCGUAACAUAAGGUUUCAUAAAAAUGAAUUAGGUGUUAACUUAUAUGAUUAAGAUGAAUUAAGUGAUCAUUUAUAUGAUUAAGAUCUGAUAGGAGAGAUCUGCAGAGCACUGCAGCCAUUGGUCAGAAAGGCCAUUUAGUGUUAUUAGAAUUAUUUAUAACGAAAUUAUUGGAUUAACAGAGUUAUUGAAUUCGUCAAUUAGUGGAACGGUAUUUUAACCAGUUUUAAAAACCGGGAUUUGUAUCAAUAACCUGUUGUAAUAACCUGUUUGUUGCUACCUGGAUAACGCGCUAUACCGCCUCAUCCACAACUCCCCUUCCACGGAACACUCUGGACUACAAAAGGAUGGAAGACAAGUUUAUCACUGCCUUUUCU